CCUAACUCUUCCACUGAUACAUAGUACAACAUCAUGCCCACCGAAUUCAUCAGUCUCACCUUCCCCAACCCCUCCACGGAGUUAACCCCCCUACCCAAUGCCCCCAUUGACCCCGACUACCUCGUGCGGUAUGCCCGGUCGCUGGACGACUACGGCUUCAACUACACCCUCGUUCCGUACGACUCCGCCUACUUCGACCCCUUCACGAUCGGAGCGACCAUUGCCGCGGUGACCAAGCACCUCAAGAUCAUCAUCGCCCUGCGACCCAAUACCCUGUAUCCGACCGUCGCCGCCAAAGCCCUGGCGACGCUGGACCAACUCAGCCGCGGACGGGCAGUGGUGCACCUGAUCGCCGGGGGCAGCGACGCGGAUCAAGCGCGGGAGGGGGAUUUUCUCGACAAGGAGCAGCGGUACGGGCGCCUGGAGGAUUACAUCCGGAUCCUGCGUCGGGCGUGGGCGUCGGACGAACCCUUCGACUGGGACUCGCCCUACUACACCUUCAAAGGGUUCAGCAACCGAGUGCGGCCGACGCACGGCACGAUCCCCGUCUCCGUGGGCGGAUCCUCCGCGGAGGCGUAUCGCAUCGGGGGCGCAUUGGCCGACAUCUUCGGUCUGUGGGGGGAGCCGCUGAAGGAGACGAAGGAGCAGAUCGAGCGCAUCUACGCGGAGGCAGCCAAGGCAGGGCGUGCAGAGGGGGACCGGCCGCGCAUCUGGGUAACCUUCCGGCCCAUCGUCGCGGAGACGGACGAGCUGGCGUGGAAAAAGGCCCAUCGCACGCUGAACGCGUUGACGGCGCAUCGGCAGAAUGGCAACAGUCGCGUGGCGUCCGAUGCGCCGCCGCCGCAGAAUGUGGGCUCGCAGCGCUUGCUGGAGAUUGCGAAGCGAGGCGAUGUGCAGGACCGCGCCCUGUGGUAUCCCACCGUCACGGCGACGAAUGCGCGCGGGGCCUCCACCGCGCUGGUCGGCUCGUAUCAGACGAUCGUCGACUCCUUACUGGAUUAUGUCCAGUUGGGGGCGGAAUUGAUCUCCAUUCGGGGGUAUGACAAUUUGAACGAUGCUAUUGAUUAUGGGAGGUAUAUCUUGCCACGCGUGCGAGAGAAAUUGGCCGAGAAUCACGAGUAAUAGUACUUCAGUGAGUGUAUCCG